GUCAGAGCCGUGACCGCGUCGUUGGGUUGUGCCCUCAUAUUAUAGAGCAACUUGAUACUGAGACUCGAGAGCUACCCGAUGUUGUGGCUGCGUCGAGCGAAAACUCUUACAGUGAUUAGAAGUUACAGAAACAAAAAUUUCAGAACGUCACAGCAAUUCCUACUUCCACCAAAACAAGAAUAAUAACAUGCUCCAUUUCUCCUCUUGGGUCCGCGGAGGGCCUCCGCGUAGUGGAGAUGGGACCUCCAACUCCCGCACAGGAGCUCCUGUCCGCUGCCAAGAGGGCAGCAGUUCGGAUCCAUUUUUGAUUGCUGGCGCUUUCAUGGAUUUGGGGAAGCAAGUGCCCUUGAGUCCGGCUCAUGACGUGGCGAAUGAAAUGAAGGUGCACCGAUGGGGCUUUGACCCAGUGCCACAGGGACAGUUGAUGGGACAAAGGCAGCAUGGGGAGGUACUAAGUUGAAGAUGUUGAGCCAGGAGUAUGAGGAGGUAAGUAGGUACUGUAAGUUGAAGAUGUUGAGCCAGGAGUAUGAGGAGGUAAGCAGGGUAACUGCGUGCCACGUAUGCAUGUCGAACACGAAGAUUUCUUCAAGAACUACUCCACUACGUCGAGGUUAACAUGUCUGCAUGUCGAACACGAAGAUUUCUUCAAGAAAUACUCCACUUCUACACUCGUCAUUUCGUGAUCUCCCUUUCCUGUUGUCCCCGAAUCCACUUCUCCCGCUACCCUUAAGAACACUCGUCAUUUCAACAUGAUCUCCCUUCUCCCGAUCUCCCCAGCUGCUCGACGGCAAGAACCACUCGACACCCGUUGCCCCGUUCGCGACCGAUGCAAGAGGCUUUCAUCCCAAGAAGCCAUCAGAAGACAGGAUUAAUCAGAGCUAUGAGAAUAUGCUUGGAGACGAACUUAGCCUUGCUGCAGUCCCAGCAGGCAAAAUCGGAAGCAAGUGGCAGAAGAACUUGGCUUAUUUUACAGGUACUACUACAAUCAUCAUCAUCAUCAUCACUACUACCAUAUUCCGCAUGAAGAUUAUUGUUUCAGAGUUGUAACUACAGAAAGAACGAUAGCGUACUAGCUGACUAGAUUCCUGUUUGUCUUUGUCUAUUUACUAGGCAUUUAGUUCACAACGAAUCAACAUCUGUAACUACACGACCACAUUCAGGUCUUUACCGUCCUCGAAGUAUGGGUCCAGCAAAGAGUGCGGAUGACAUUCGGCUAUCAGUCAACGAGUUCGGAGAUCGCAUUCAGCAAGACGACCCGAAUAGUGCGUGUACUUAAUUAUUACACCUCGUAUACCUUUCCAUUGUUUAUGUCGAACGCCAACGACCUGAAUUAGACAUUUACAAAAUCUGAUGGUCCUCUACAUUUACAAUAUAUUUUCUAGUUAGGUCGGCUCCACCACAAAUAUCUGAUGUGUGACCACUGCCAGGCAAAUACCUCCUCCUCGAGGAAGCGCGCUGCCUCGCCACCUAUCAGUAUGAAAAACAGCCGUUGGAGGCUGGGAAAAGGUGCGUGAAAUGGUUUGACGAGUUUCAGAAGUGCAGAUGGGAUCAGCACAAAUUCGACAAUGGAUACACGCCAAUUGAAGGCCCAGCUCUUGGUACCAAGCGCAGACCAUACAUCUACUAUCCGGACUUUAAGUACGCCUGAUGAGCUUCUUGAAGACGUCGGCUAAGGCACAGAGUACUGCCCAAAGAUGGACUAUACACGACUUUUUCUUCAUUCUUUUCGUUUUGUUACUUUUCCCGGUGACUGACUGCUGAACUUGAAUCAUUUUUCCCCAUGCAUGAGCCAGGUGUCACUGCUUCUAGCAUAUGAUUACCAUUCUCUGUCGAAGGAAAGGAUCUUCAGCGCCGUAAAUUCGCAUCAAAGUGGUCGUGGUAACGCAAAAAACGAGGUGAUCUCAAAUUACGUAGCGUUGAGGAAUCGAAUUUCA